CUUCUUCAGGAAAUUCUGAGCUCCGGUGGUGGUGGUGGUGGUGGUGAUGGAGAGCACGUUGAAGGACAUAAGAGAUGGCGCUUCGGUGCUGGACCUGGACCCAAAGGCCACCGUGGGUGGUGGCGUUGAGGACUUGUACGGGGAGGAUUUUGCCACUGAGGACCAGCUCGUCACCCCUUGGACUGUUUCCGUUGCCAGUGGGUAUUCGUUGUUGAGGGAUCCUCGCCACAACAAGGGUCUUGCAUUCAAUGAUAAAGAGAGGGAUGCGCACUACUUAUGUGGUCUUCUACCUCCAGUAGUUUCCACCCAAGAACUUCAGGAGAGGAAAUUGAUGAACUCUAUUCGUCAAUAUCAAGUUCCUUUGCAAAAGUACAUGGCCAUGAUGGACCUUCAGGAAAGGAAUGAAAGGCUGUUCUACAAGCUUCUCAUUGAUAAUGUUGAGGAAUUGCUCCCGGUUGUCUACACUCCAACUGUUGGUGAGGCUUGCCAGAAAUAUGGGAGCAUCUUCAGGCGCCCACAGGGUCUUUACAUAAGUUUGAAAGAAAAGGGAAAGAUUCUGGAGGUAUUGAAGAACUGGCCUGAGAGGAGAAUUCAAGUUAUUGUCGUCACUGAUGGUGAGCGGAUUCUGGGACUUGGGGACCUUGGUUGCCAGGGGAUGGGGAUACCUGUAGGGAAACUUUCUCUGUAUACAGCACUUGGAGGUGUUCGUCCUUCAGCAUGCUUGCCCAUAACCAUUGACGUGGGAACAAACAAUGAAAAGCUAUUGGCGAAUGAGUUCUAUAUUGGUCUCAAACAACGGAGAGCAACUGGGAAGGAAUACUCUGAAUUUCUGCAAGAGUUCAUGUCCGCUGUCAAGCAGAACUAUGGAGAAAAAGUUCUUAUACAGUUUGAAGAUUUUGCAAACCAUAAUGCUUUUGACCUGCUUGCAAAAUACGGCACAACUCAUCUCGUCUUCAAUGAUGAUAUACAGGGAACAGCAUCUGUGGUUCUUGCAGGGAUAGUUUCAGCACUGCGGUUACUUGGUGGUACUUUGGCCGAUCACAAAUUUUUGUUCCUUGGUGCUGGAGAAGCUGGAACUGGGAUAGCAGAGCUUAUAGCUCUUGAGAUGUCGAAACAGACAAAAUGUCCUAUAGAAGAGACCAGAAAGAAGAUUUGGCUUGUGGACUCAAAGGGUUUAAUUGUUAGCUCCCGUAAGGAUUCGCUUCAACAAUUUAAGAAGCCAUGGGCUCAUGAACAUGAACCUGUUAAGGAUCUUUUACAUGCUGUCAAGGUGAUCAAGCCAACCGUCUUGAUUGGAUCAUCUGGAGUAGGAAAAGCAUUUACAAAGGAGGUUAUUGAGGCCAUGGCAUCCUGCAAUGAGAAACCUCUCAUUCUGGCUCUCUCCAACCCAACCUCACAAUCAGAGUGUACAGCUGAAGAAGCUUACACUUGGACUCAGGGUCGUGCAAUUUUUGCUAGCGGAAGUCCAUUUGACCCCGUUGAAUACAAUGGCAAAACUUUUGUUCCUGGACAGGCUAACAAUGCUUACAUCUUUCCUGGAUUGGGUAUGGGCUUGGUUAUUUCUGGUGCUAUCCGUGUUCAUGACGAGAUGCUUCUUGCAGCCUCGGAAGCCUUGGCCAGGCAAGUAACACAAGAAAACUUUGACAAGGGCUUGAUUUACCCACCAUUCUCCAAUAUCAGGAAAAUAUCGGCCCACAUUGCUGCUAAUGUAGCUGCAAAGGCAUAUGAACUUGGUUUGGCGACCCGGCUCCCUCAACCUGAGAAUCUUGUGAAGUAUGCUGAGAGCUGCAUGUACUCUCCUGUGUACCGCAGUUACCGGUGAACUGUUCUCCCAAAAGAGUUCCUAUGGUCUUGGCCCAUGGCUUGAAGUGUUGCUGAAUUAUGUUGUAUCUCUGGUUGGUGUCUUUUCUUCUUGUGGUGUUCUAAGCUUUAUUCCUGAAGCAGCGUGGUUUUGAGGAGUUGGAAGAGCUGUACCUAAAUAAAUGAAGUUCUUAGCUGCUGGUGUGUAUCUCUCAUAAGGUAAGUAGCUUCAAGCUAAAAUUACUAUCAUCUAUGUAAUAAUCUCUAAGGGGGUGUUUCAAAAGUCAGUCUCAGAAGUGCAUGAAGUCAAUGUGUAGCACUAGUAAAUUCAUGUAAACAGGGCUUGGGCCACACCUUAAUCUCAGCUUUCAUGCUUUAUUUGUCUCUUUCCUAUCUCAAUCAUUUUCAUUUUUUGGUUUCC